AUGACCAUAACGACGUCGUACUGGUGGGGGACGAAAAAAGUGAGUUUCCAGAUGGUCCGAACUGGUUCUCUCCGGUUCUUUGUCUUGUACGGUCAGAUACCUCAACCGAAUGGACUUUGUGACUGGUUCAAUGAUAUUUCGAAAUUAAGAAUAUUGACAUGUAACCACCCAGUUCCUCCAGAUCGGUACAACGAUAGGGUGGAGGAGCAUUUACGAAUUACCGGUUUCUAUCAUGUAUCUCAGAUUGGGAUAGUGCAGUGUCAGAAAGAAUUGGUAAAUGCUCUAAUCGAACGUUGGCACCCAGACACACAUAUGUUUCACCUUCCCAUUGGUGAAUGUUCCGUGACUCUUGAAGAUGUGGCUCUAAUUCUUGGUCUUUCCACAGAUGGUCUUCCAGUUACAGGGAUGACAAUGAGUAGUUUUGAAGCCAUGGAGGCGGAGUGUUUGCUUCAAUUUGGCGUUGCACCGCGUAAGGAGGACUGUAGAUCUAGCUGCAUAAAACUGACCUGGCUGCGGAAUCUAAAAGAGAAUUUAGAAUUGACCGAUGAAAUCAGUAUACAAAGGUAUGUGAGGUGCCACAUUAUGUUGCUGAUUGGGACGAUCUUGUUUGGGGAUAAGUCUGGGGAAGGUGUGUACUGGAAGUUUCUACCCUUGCUUCGUGAUUUUGUCAAUAUUGGACAGUAUAGCUGGGGUUCGGCAUGCCUAGUACAUCUUUACAAGGCGUUAUGCAGGGCAUCUCGCUAUAACUGUAAGGAAAUAGAUGGUCCACUAACACUUCUGCUCGGUUGGGCUUAG